AAAACCACGUUCACUGGACAGGGCCUCAAGAUUUCCAAGCCCGUGAGUGAUUACAAGUCUGGUUAGAUUUAUAACCCAGGUUCCUUUUUCUCCAAUAUAUAACCUCCUUCCUCUGUCCUUUAAAAGCUGUUGUAAAGGCAGGAAAAAGGAUCAAAGAAAGAUGGGGCUGAGAAUAAAAAUGGCAGUAAUUGCUCUGAUAAUGGUGUUAAGCGACAGGGGAGCAGAGGCAGCCGACGGGGGUUCUUGCUUAAGCGCCUUGACGCCCUGCGCUCAGUAUCUGAACUCGACAUCGAAACCUCCGGCUGACUGCUGUACGCCUCUGCUCGAUGUAAUCAACACGCAGCAGGAGUGCCUUUGUAAUGUCUUCAACAGCAAUCUCUUCAAGCAAGCGAACAUCAGCAUCGCUCAGGCCCUUAAACUCCCUGCUUUGUGCGGCAAAAAUGUUACUGCAGAUGCCUGCACCAAAGUGAAUGGAACUACAAGUACACCUUCAGCUCCAGCUUCUGCCACACCGGCCUCUCGACCAGGAUCUGAAAGUACUCCCACUAACGGCGCUGGCGUGGAUUCUUUCAAAAUAUUUUUGCCUUUGCUGGCUUUCGUUUUCCUCGGAGCGUUUAGAUCAUUUCCAUGGUGAGGAGCAGGAGACGGAGGGUUUCAACUCCUUUGCCAUUUCUGUGUUUUUCGUUACUUGUACGUCUUGAAUUGCUUUGAGCUUCUGUUCAACUUCUGUAAUUUCCAUUGCAUUUGUUGUAAGGUAACAUUGUCAUUCAAUUUCCCUUUCUAAAUUAUUUAACAGUUUGUGUCU